CCGCCCACCUGCCCAAGGGUCGCGCGUCUCCCAGAGGGUCUGCCGACUUCCGGCCGCGCUGGGGCCGCGGGACCGCUUUUGGACGCCGGGCUCCGCUGUUCUGUCCCUGCGCCCGCCUGCUUCAGGAGCCUUUUGAGUUUUUAACUGCCCCAAAUAAUAUCUCUAACAAUCCCUGGGGGGUCCCCGCCGGCCAGACCGAGCGCUCUACGUAGUAACUCGCUGUAAGUUUGGUAAGAGCUCACGCUGAACCUACCUGUCAUGAGAACAGGCGUGGUCAUCGGAAUCAAACUCCCUCUCUUUCUCCUGAUACCGGUCCACACGCAGCCAACUGGGGAGAAAAAGUGGGUGACUGUGGGUGACACAUCCCUUAGGAUAUUUAAAUGGGUUCCUGUAACAGACAGCAAGGAGAAAGAAAAGUCAAAAUCGAACAGUUCAGCAGCCCGGGAACCUAAUGGCUUUCCCUCUGAUGCUUCAGCCAAUUCCUCUCUCCUUCUUGAAUUCCAGGAUGAAAACAGCAACCAGAGUUCUGUGUCUGACGUCUAUCAACUCAAGGUGGACAGCAGCACCAACUCAAGCCCCAGCCCCCAGCAGAGUGAGUCCCUGAGCCCAGCACACACCUCUGACUUCCGCACAGAUGACUCCCAGCCCCCUACUCUGGGCCAGGAGAUCCUCGAGGAGCCCUCCCUGCCCGCCUCAGAAGUUGCUGAUGAACCUCCCACCCUCACGAAGGAAGAACCAGUUCCACUAGAGACACAGAUUGCUGAGGAAGAGGAAGACUCAGGUGCCCCACCCCUGAAACGCUUCUGUGUGGACCAACCCGCAGUGCCGCAGACAGCAUCAGAAAGCUAGCACCAUCCUGGCGCCCUUCGCCUCCUGGCCCCCUGCCUCUAUUUAUUGCAUUCUGGUUCUGGCCGUGCUUUGUUGCUGGGGUAAGGGCAAGCACUGGGCUCCAGAGCUUGCACAUAGGAGCCUUCUGGGCUGGAAGGGUGACAUAGGACUUGGGGUGAUAGCAUCAUCUUCCCGUCCCUGGCACCUGUGUUUGCUUGCUCCUGAGAAGAGGAGCGCUCAUGUUCUUUUUGCACCCCAAGUAGGCUGGGGCGUCAGCCAUCCCAAGGUUCAUCUGUCACCUCCAGGUAGCAGUCUCUGCUCCAGAACCUCUGGACUGAGCCGCUGGCUCUUCUACAGGAGGAUGUGGAAGGAGAUGUGGAAGGCACCCUCUAGAGAAGAGAGUGCCCAGGGUUACUUGAACUUGAAUGGAGACUGUAGAUUCAUGGACUUUCCUAUCGGGCUAGGGGCCUGUAAGCUGCUGUUGGAGAAGGCCUGGUAGAGACUUUGGAGGGAAGGGAAGGCUGUGCACGAGGGCGGAAAAGUCUGUAUAGAUUUCUGUCCUGACACUUCUGCCCAUUCCUGAGGUUAUUCUGCCUCUCAUGGGCUCUCCAGCUGCUGACAGUCCUUUGUCCCCUGCUGCAACCACCCCCUUUCCCCAACACACACACACACGCAGACACACAUACACACACAGCUUUCCCUGGUCUCACCUGUAUGUUUCAUUCCAGCAUCCCCUGCCUCUUGCCACAGACUCUGCCCCAGCAAGGAUUUGAGGUUCUGCCAACAGUACCCAUCCCCCACAGUACUCCUUCAGCUCAGACUUUCUAGAAAGUUCCCUCUUCUUUGAAAUCUGCAUGUUUAAUUGAACUUUGUGAUUUUAUUUUUUGUUCAAAAAAGUUUAAGAAAAUGGAAAUGGGCAACAGUGAGUGAAGACAUAUUUUAGCACUGAAUAGAAUAUUUUUAAAAUUAAACUAUUUGAAAUACGU